AUGACAGCGCUAUGCAGACCUGGGCUGUUUCAAAUAUUGGCUUUGUCUCCAUCUACUGGGAGAGAGCUGUUGGACUGACCAGUAGGGGAUCUAGGCUAGACUGAGUUCAGAGGCAUAGGGGAGACACAACCAAAAUAGCUGAUCGAGGCCCAAAUGUAUUUAUCCUCCGCCUCGGAAUUUUUCGCCUGAAGUUGAGAAUCAAAGAAAUGAGGGCUUUGGGGAUGGAUCAGCAUUUCGGAUGUCAAUAUCUCGCUGAAUUCGCUCCCAGCCUCAGACACUGACAGCAGCAGCCGGGAGCGGAGUCCUGCUGUCCCGUGAAUUAUCACGGCACCGAGGCGACAUACGCAUGGAACAUGGCUGCUAUGAGGACUUUAACCGUGGCGGGUCUUUUUUUGGCGUUUUGCGCCAUGGGGCUUAUAGCUAUAGCGAUCAGCACGGAUAACUGGUACGAGACCGACGCGAGGAGGCACCGGGAGCGCUGCAAGAAUUAUUCCAACAAAAGAAACGACCCCGGCUACAUCUACAUCUCCAACAACAACCUUCCGCUACGCAUGUUGCCAAAGGAAAAAAAUGUGGAGCGGAAGGGAUCCAGUGUCAGCGGCGAAAUGCUGCUGCGGGCCAAGCGGCACUUCUUGCCUCCCGCUCCGGCCAUGGAGUCCCUCUGCAGUCGGCAGUACAACUCCACCAUCACCGGACUGUGGAGAAAGUGCCACCGAGAGGGAUUCGACUUGGAGACAGAGGAUUUGAUCUUCAAAGGAUUGGUUCCGCGCUGCGCACCAAUAAAAUACUACUACUCAUCAUCGGUGCUCCCCAGAAACCUGCCAAUCAAUCUGACGAAGACGAUCAGGCAGGAUGAGUGGCACGCGCUCCACCUCCAGAGGAUGACUGCCAGCUUCAUAGGCAUGGCCAUAUCCAUCAUCCUGUUCGGCUGGGUCAUAGGCGUGCUGGGCUGCUGUAAGGAGCAUGAUCUGAUGCAGUAUGUCGCCGGGCUCCUUUUCCUCAUGGGAGGGACGUGCUGCAUAAUCUCCCUCUGCACAUGUGUGGCCGGGAUCAACUUUGAACUGUCCCGCUACCCCCGCUACAUGUUUGGCAUACCGGAGGACAUCAGUCACGGCUACGGCUGGUCCAUGUUCUGCGCGUGGGGGGGGCUGGGCCUCACGCUGCUCGCCGGCUUCCUGUGCACGCUGGCCCCUUCUCUCUACCCCCCACAAACCCCCGUUGUGCAGAAGCCCAGGCAGGAGAACGGCUGCGUGUGACAGGGGGCCGCGCGUCUCACGGACACCUGUCUCAUCCUGAAACCGUGACGAGCCCUGCACCAGAGACACCUUCAACCAGGGACUCGGAGCACAGAGGCUUCACACAACGUGGCACAGGACACUGGGCUCUCGCACACGUGAACCCAGACAAGAGGUGACAUUUGACUGAAGACGAUUUCAGUUCCUCUGGUGCUUUUUGUCCCUCUCUCUAUGAUUGAACUGUUCAGUGUUAUUGCUUGCUUUUCAAAAGGAGAAUAAUUAUACAACAUUUCUUCCAGUGAGACCUACUAGUUUGAGAAGAGGAGUAAAAAAGAAAAAAAAUGGAAGAAGAUCAAUAGCACAACUUGGAAAUUAGGAAAAAAAUCAUAUGGAUGUGUACUACCACAUUUCAAAGGGCAACCGUGUAUCAUUAUGUACCCAUUCAAAACAAGAUAUGUACAUGUACUUUUUGAACUGUAUGUAUGUAGAUGCAUUUGUGUUUAUUGAAGUAUGCGCAUUAAGACCAACUGUGUUUGAGGGAAAUGUUUAUUGUUCUUCAGGUCUUACUCCCAUCAAAUAUUUUUGAGAAAUAAAACAGCCAUGCAAAACCA